AUGAAGCUAAUAAUCUUCGGUCGUAUUAGUCCACUAGCUCUUGUGUCUGCAAUAGUACUUACUUUGUGCAAUUUAUCAGAUUGCUAUGACCCCAUGGACCCAAACGGAAACAUUACAGUAACUUUUGACAUUUAUAAGUGGACGACCGAUGGAUAUAUGGCGAGAGUGACAAUCCAGAACUACCACCAGUAUCGCCACGUUGAAAAACCAGGUUGGAAGUUAGGAUGGACGUGGGCUAGGGACGAAGUCAUAUGGUCAACGUCGGGCGCUUUUGCCACCCAACAAGGGAAUUGCUCAUCAUUCAAGUUCCAAAUCCCUCACUCUUGCAAGAAAGAUCCCAUGAUCCUCGAUCUCAUACCAGAGGCUUCACCAGAGAACAGGUCAGAAGACUGUUGCCGCGGCGGCCUCCUAUCAGCGUGGGCUAUAGAUCCUUCCAAGUCAUACUCUUCUUUUGAGAUUCAAGUUGGAAACUUGGAGGGAAACUCUACUGGAUAUGCACCUCUAAAUCUCACUCUGAUGGCGCCAGGUCCCGGUUACACGUGUGGCCCAGUCGUCGACACUGAUCCGACAGUUUCUUCAGAUAUUGGUGGGAGGAGAGAAGUUCAGGUUUUCAGAACAUGGAAAUCAACUUGCCUGUAUUCCAGCUUUUUGGCAAACAAAGCACCAGUCUGCUGCGUGUCGCUAUCGACAUUUUAUAACCCUCGCAUCACUUCUUGUCCAACAUGCAGCUGUGGAUGUAAAGAAGCGGGCCCCAACACUUCUUCCUGCAUAAGUGAAGGAACUGCCCUGCCUCAGUCAGAUGCCCUCAGCAAUACAGACAUUGUGCAAUGCACCGAUCAUAACUGCCCAACUCGUGUUCACUGGCACCUUAAGAACAACUAUUUAGAUCACUGGCGGGUGAAAUUAACAGUCUCUAACUAUAAUUACAAGAGAAACUACUCCAAUUGGAAUGUCUUGGUCCAACAUCCCGGUUUUGGCCAGUCCACGACAACAUAUAGCUUCAACAGUUCAGUUCUUCCAACCGUCGGAUUGGAAGGUGACUGCUAACUUACCUUUUCAAAGAUUGUCAGCAAACCAAUCAUGAUUUAUGAGACUUUUCAAAUUGCAAUUUAAUCAAUUUUUGUCUUUGUAUACUAUGCAGGGCUAAGUUAGAUUAACUAGGAUACCAAAUAACCACAUAUUGACAGGAGAGAAAUCUUAACCAAUAGAAUAACUUAAUGGACAUUCCACAUUUGCAGAAUGAACUUUCAUGGAUCAGAAGAAUAAUGAAAUCAUACGGCUGUGAAGUUUGAACACCUAAAAGAAUGUAACAAUUGCUUGCCUUGCAU